GAGAACUAAAGAUGAAAAAAUAGCAAAACACGACAAUUCACUCAUCACAAUACGUACUUUUUAAUAAAAUUAUCAAUAUAAUAUAAUAUUUUUAUACUACUAAAAAUGUAAAAAGAAAAUCCCUCCAAACCUUCAAAAGUAGAAAAUUCAUAAAUAUGGCCGUCACGACGUCUCUCUCCUGUGCGCUGACGAAUUGUUGUCUGUCUCUCUUUCACACUCUCAAUUCACAAAUACCUAACAAAACCACUUCAUCUUCCUCACAUCUCACAGAUCCAUCCCCAUGGCUUCUUCCGAUCGUCAGAUCUUCGUCUACACUGCUAAACUCGCCGAGCAAGCCGAACGUUACGACGAGAUGGUGGAAGCAAUGAAGAAGGUUGCAAAGAUAGGUGAGGAUUUGACUGUGGAGGAGAGGAAUUUGUUAUCCGUUGGGUAUAAAAAUGUGGUCGGUGCUCGAAGAGCUUCGUGGAGGAUUUUGUCAUCCAUAGAGCAGAAAGAGGAAUCGAGAGGGAAUGAUCAAAAUGCGAAGCGGAUCAAGGAGUAUCGACAGAAGGUUGAAUCAGAGCUCGAUACUAUUUGCAGUGAUAUUAUGAGUGUGAUUGAUGAUCAUCUCAUUCCGUCCUGUGGUAGUUCUGGUGAAGCGAAUGUGUUCUAUUACAAGAUGAAAGGGGAUUAUUAUAGAUAUAUGGCAGAAUUUAAGUCUGGUAAUGACAAGAAAGAGGUUGCAGAUCUUUCAAUGAAAGCGUAUGAGGCAGCUACAAGUACAGCAGAAGCUGAAUUGCCUCCGACACACCCUAUUCGACUAGGACUGGCUUUAAAUUUCUCAGUGUUCUAUUAUGAAAUUCUAAAUUCAGCCGAAAGGGCCUGUCACCUAGCCAAACAGGCGUUUGAUGAAGCGAUAUCCGAGCUUGAUACUUUGAAUGAAGAGUCAUACAAAGACAGUACAUUAAUUAUGCAACUUCUAAGGGAUAAUCUCACCUUGUGGACCUCUGAUAUUCCCGAGGAAGGAGAUGAUUCACACAAGCAAGAUGGAGCUACUAAAACUGGUGGCGAGAUCGAGAAUGCAGAGUGAAGUGGAGUGAUGCAUAUAGAGAAGCUGCAGAGAAAUGGUUGGUGAGUCCUUGUUAUUGUGAUGGAAAUGUGUGUGAUUUUGGUGGUUUUUAUCUUUUCAAUGGCUGCCCACUUUCAACUUAAAUAUUUUUGUCAAUUUUUAUGGUCAAUGUCUUUGUUUUUCUGUUAAUUUAUUAUUAUAUGUUUAUUGAGAUCAUUAUAAAGAGUGGUUGAAAUGCUUUAUUUGAAGAUUUUAUAAUUUGAA